ACACUGUUUUCUAUAGUGGAUGUGCCAAUUUAUAGUCCCACCAGUGUCUGGGGGUUCCCCUUUCUCUACAUCCUCGCUAGCAUCCCUUAUCCCUGUCUUUUCCAUACAAGCCACUCUAACUGGGGUGAGAUGGUAUCUCACUAGGUGGGCACUUAGCUUUCUCUUCCGUUGCCACGUCCACCUCCCUGCUUUGGAAAAUCCCGGGAGGGGCGCGGGGGGGGGGGCGGAGAGAGGCCCUCCAGGGUCUCAGUCCUCUUUCCUCUGCCCUGCAACCUCCACCAAGCCCCCAAGCCCUCUGAACCGGCUCUGCGGGGCAGCCUUCGGGGCCAGGCCCGCCUGCAGACGGCCACAGCCUGAGUCACCUCCCGGAGCCCGCCUGAGGCGGUGGCAGCCCGGGCCGGCGGGAACUCCCCCGGCGCGGCGCGCGCCCUGGGGAAGGCUCGGCCUCCACACCCGGAGGCAGGGCGGGUGGCCCGCGGCGCGGACUUUCCCGUCACUCACACUUCCCGUUCCCUGGGGGCAGCAGGAGGCCGCGGCGAGGCGGCCGCUCGCCGGUUUCGCAGCUUUUGAUGUCAGAACUGGGAUCCAAAAGAGACCUUCAGUGACCCUCAGGAGCACCGAGUGACCAAGUGAAGGUCCUUGUGAGGCACUGCCUAUCGCCUUCUUGCUGCAACUGGAGGUUGUGGGUUUUGUUUUUGAAACGGACAAGCUGAUUCUGCCACUUAUAAAAAUAUGCAAAGGGCCAGAAAUAACCAAGACACAUUUGAAGAAUAACAAGGAAGAAGUACUUGUUCUCCUGGAUAUUGAGAUAUAUUACAUAUUUAAUAAGCAGGAAGAGAAGGUUUUGAUGGUCUCAGAGUGUCCCUCAACCCAGCAAACCACCUUGCCCUGCCCAGGGUUUCCAACAUCUUUCCUGCGUGCUAGUGGUUGCAUCAUUGGACAAUGCCAUAUGCUUUGUGGACGGUAUGGGUGUUGGGGGCUGUCAUUAGCCUCUCCAAGGAAGGGCCCUUUGGUCAGGCUUCUCUGACUUGUGACUCCACUGGUGUCUGUGUUGGCCUCUCGAGCUCUUUCAACUCCAUUCCCCCAGGGCUUACAGCGGCUGUGAAAAGUCUUGACCUGUCCAACAACAAGAUCACCUAUAUUGGCAGCAGUGACCUGCAGAGGUGUGUGAACCUCCAGGCUCUGGUGCUAAAGUCCAAUGAAAUUAACACAAUAGAUGAAGAUUCUUUUUAUUCCCUGGGCAGUCUGAAACAUUUGGACUUAUCCUAUAAUGACUUAUCUAAUUUAUCAUCCUCCUGGUUCAGGCCCCUUUCUUCCUUGGAAUCCUUAAACUUACUGGGAAAUCCUUACAGAACACUCGGGGAAACGUCUCUCUUUUCUCAUCUCACAAAUUUGCGAACCCUGAGAGUGGGAAAUACUAACAGCUUCACUAAGAUUCAGAGAAAGGAUUUUGCUGGGCUCACUUUUCUUCAGGAACUUGAGAUUGAUGCUUCAGCUCUACAGAGUUAUGAGCCAAAAAGUUUGAGGUCAAUUCAGAAUAUAAGUUAUCUGAUUCUUCAUAUGAGAGAGCCUAUUUUACAACUGGAGAUUUUUGUAGAUCUUUUAAGUUCCGUGGAAUACGUGGAACUGAGAAAUGCUGAUUUGUACAAUUUCCAUUUUUCAGAACUCUCCAUCAGUGAAACAAAUCCAUUGAUUAAAAAGUUUACAUUGAGAAAAGUGAAAAUCACCGAUGAAAGUUUGGCUCAAGUUCUAAAAUUCCUGAGUUAUGCUUCUGAGUUGUUAGAGAUAGAGUUUGAUGACUGUACUCUUGAUGGAGUAGGUGAUUUUAGUACAUUUGAUGAAGACAUAGUUAAAGAUCCAGGUAAAGUAGAAACAUUAACUAUACGGAGGUUGCGUAUUCUACAUUUUUAUUCAUUUUAUGAUCUGAGGACAAUAUAUUCACUUGCAGGAAGAGUUAAAAGAAUCACAGUAGAAAACAGUAAGGUUUUUCUGGUUCCUUGUUUACUUUCACAACAUUUAAAAUCAUUAGAAUACUUGGAUCUCAAUGAAAAUUUGAUGUUAGAGGAACAGUUGAAAAAUUCAGCCUGUGAGAAUGCCUGGCCCUCUCUACAUACCUUAAUUUUAAGGCAAAAUCAUUUAACGUCAUUAGGAAAAACUGCAGAGAUUUUGCUUACUCUGAAAAACCUGACUCACCUUGAUAUCAGUAAGAAUCACUUUCAUACUAUGCCUAAAACUUGUCAGUGGCCAGAAAAGAUGAAAUAUUUGAACUUAUCCAACACACGAAUACACAAUUUAACCUACUGCAUUCCCCAGACACUGGAAAUUUUAGAUGUGAGCGAUAACAACCUCAAUUCAUUUUCUGUGACUUUGCCACAACUCAAAGAACUUUAUAUUUCCAAAAAUAAGUUGAAGACUCUACCAGAUGCCUCCUUCUUACCUGCAUUACUGGUGUUGAACAUCAGAACGAACACAGUAAAUUCUUUUUCUAAGGAGCAACUUGAUUCUUUUCACAAACUGAAAACUUUGGAAGCUGGUGGCAACACCUUCAUUUGCUCCUGUGAGUUCCUCUCUUUCACUCGGGAGCAGCAAGCACUGGCCACAGUCUUCAUCAAUUGGACCGAAAACUACCUGUGUGAUUCUCCGUCCUACGUGCGGGGCCAGCGGGUUCAGGAUGCCCGUCUCUCCGUGUCUGAGUGUCACAGGGCGGCACUGGCGUCCGGCAUGUGCUGUGCCCUCUUCCUGUUGAUCCUGGUCACCGGGGUGCUGUGCCACCGUUUCCAUGGAGUGUGGUACAUGAAAAUGAUGUGGGCCUGGCUCCAGGCCAAAAGGAAGCCCCGGAAGGCUCCCAGGAGGGACGUCUGUUACGAUGCAUUUGUUUCUUACAGUGAACACGAUUCCUACUGGGUGGAGAACCUGAUGGUCCAGGAGCUGGAGAAUUUCAACCCCCCCUUCAAGUUGUGUCUUCAUAAGCGAGACUUCAUUCCUGGCAAAUGGAUCAUUGACAAUAUCAUUGACUCCAUCGAAAAGAGCCACAAAACUGUCUUUGUGCUCUCUGAAAACUUUGUGAAGAGCGAGUGGUGCAAGUAUGAACUGGAUUUCUCCCAUUUUCGGCUCUUCGAUGAGAACGAUGAUGCUGCCAUUCUCAUCCUUCUGGAGCCCAUCGAGAAGAAAGCCAUUCCUCAGCGCUUCUGUAAGCUGCGGAAGAUCAUGAACACUAAGACCUACCUGGAGUGGCCCAUUGACGAGGCUCUGCAGGAGGGAUUCUGGUUAAAUCUGAGAGCUGCAAUAAAGUCCUAGGUUCCUAUGUGGAAAGCCAGUCUCGGUCCAGUUGGGGUCUUUAUAUCACUGGUUGUAACUGAGUUCAUUCCGACAUAAUUAUAUAAAAACCACAUGAAUGGGCUGUCAUUUGAGGACUUGCUUAUUACUAAAACUACUAAAAGGAUUAAAAUUGUAUCUACAGUGCUGUUUUAUAAAAACUUACCAGAUU